AUGAGAAUAGCAGGUGCUGCAAAGUUGGUAGUGGUCGUAGCAAUAUUUGUAUUCACAUUUUAUGUCAUAUCUCAAGUGUUUGAAAUAAAAAUGGAUGCAAACUUAGGACACAUAUUUGCUAGGUCAGCACUGGAUGCAGCUGCACGCUCUACAAAACCUCCAAGAUACAAAUGUGGCAUCUCUAAAGCUUGUCCUGAAAAGCAUUUUGCGUUCAAAAUGGCAAGUGGAGCAGCAAAUGUAGUUGGACCUAAAAUUUGUGUAGAAGAUAAUAUUUUAAUGAGUGGAGUUAAAAACAAUGUUGGCAGAGGAAUAAAUGUGGCCUUGGUCAAUGGUAAAACAGGAGAGCCAUUAGACACAAAAUUCUUUGACAUGUGGGGAGGAGAUGUGGCACCAUUCAUUGAAUUUCUGAAGUCCAUCCAGGAUGGAACGAUAGUGCUAAUGGGAACAUAUGAUGAUGGUGCAACCAAGCUUAAUGAGGAAGCACGGAAACUGAUUGCUGAAUUAGGAAGCACAUCUAUUACUAACCUUGGCUUUAGAGAUAACUGGGUCUUCUGUGGUGGAAAAGGAAUUAAGACUAAAAGCCCUUUUGAACAGCAUAUAAAGAACAACAAGGACACAAACAAGUAUGAAGGCUGGCCAGAAGUUGUUGAGAUGGAAGGCUGUAUCCCUCAGAAGCAAGACUAAAUGAAAAGAGGAAAGGAGAAAGAAUAU